AUGGUACCAGAUACGAUCCACCUCCACCCCGAGUUCACAGGCACGUCGGCCGACAUCACCCUCCUCGCGGGCCACACCGGUUUCCGCGUCAACAGGGCCAUGCUGGCGAUGGCCAGCCCAGUGUUCGCUCGGAUGGUGCGGGACGCCGCGCUCUCCGCCAACAUUGUCGAGACGGGGGACGAGCCGGCGGAACUGUACGCUUUUCUCAAGUUGAUGCGCAUUGGGCCGUCCCGCGUCGGAGGCGGUGGGAGCGGAAGCGGGACCGGCGCGGCCGCGGUUGGAGCUGCUGGCACGGGUAGCGUGGAGACGACAUCGGGCAGGAAGGCUGGAGGAUUGGCGGAAUCGACAGGAUCGACAGGGGCGGCGCGGGCGGCGUCAACAGUCGCAGAGGAGGUCACGAAGACGGAGGGACCGAUUCGGCCAGCGAGAUCAGAGCUUAGAAGGCUGAGUCCCGUGGCCGAGGAGAGCGAUGGUGUGUCGUCCAAGUCGUCUGCCUCAAGUUCGGGGCACAAGCGGGAGGGUAGUGAUCCCAAGUCCACAAGGUCAAAACCACUCUCAGAUUCCCACUCAGCAAACACGCCCGCAAAACCCCGCAUUCUGGUCUCCAGACCAGGGACGGGGGUCAAGGCCCUCGACCGCGCGCUGAAAGAUGCCCAGGCGAAAGCCCAAGGCGCCCAAGGGACAGGAGUCAAGAAGAAGAAGUCGCGUGUCCGCUUCCAAGACCCGAAUCCGAAAAAUGUACCCCCCGUCCCGCCCGUUCCUGUCUCCUGUCCAACCAGUCCAGGGGCAAAGCUGGCAAAGCUUCCCCCAAGUCAUCCCUUCGGCUCGGCCGUGCCCCGGAGUCCGACCUCGCCGGUGUCUCUUUCAGCGGACAUGGUGCGGAGCCGUUCUGGGUCGAGUUCGAGCGGGUCGGGAUCCAGCGGGAUAGAGGUCACGGUCGAGCCGCCGUCCCCGCCAUCCAUCUCUGUCUCGCUACCCACGCCGACGCCCUCGCCCCCGAAACCUAACACGCCUCUACCCACCGUUCCAACGGGGCAAGGACAGCCUGCGGCCCCAGCGGCCCCAGCGGCCCCAGCCGCCUUCGAACCAAGCAUCCCGCAACUCCUCCAGAUCCACGCCCUAACGUCAAAAUACCCCGGCUUUUAUACACACGCCGUGCUCGAUUUCCACGUCGAGCUCAAUGCGCCGAGCAUCGUGGGCAGUCUGGGCUCGAGUCCGAGUCAGCUGGAACUAUUUCGGUUGCUCGAGCUGACACAUCGCUUGAGGAGUAGUAAGCUUUGGAGUCUGGUACUGGGGAAACUGGCGAGUGAAGGCUGGUGGCGCGCCAGACUUGAUCCGUGGAGUUUUGGAGAGGUCGAAGUGGGCGUAUUGGGGCAGGAUCUCUUCAGCGUGCUUGCCAUUCUGGCUGCUGUGCACGUCGACAAGGUCUGCAUUACGUAUGAUGAAGGUGAGCUCAAGCUAGGGGAACAGUGGCUAAUGAGCAGAGGGCCAGGUCUCCAUCGCUAUCUCGGAACAUAG